AUGGAAAGCCAGAGAAACUUCUCAGAAUUCAUUCUUCUAGGACUUUCUUAUGACAAGAAUGUGCAAAUAUUUUGCUUUGCAUUUUUCUUACUCUGUUACAUUGCCCUCUUGGUUGGAAAUCUUGUGAUCCUUAUCUCCAUUCGCUGCAGUCCUCUUUUUGACCAGCCAAUGUACUAUUUCCUCAUCCACUUGUCGACCAUGGACAUCUGCUAUACCUCCACUGUCACACCCAAGUUAAUCAGUGACUUGCUGGUGGAGAGAAAGACCAUUUCCUAUAGCAGCUGCAUGUUGCAGAUCUUCACCUUGCACUUGUUUGGAGCUGUUGAAGUCUUUAUUCUUACCUCCAUGGCUUAUGAUCGCUAUGUUGCCAUCUGCAAACCUCUCCACUACAUGAUUAUCAUGAACAGGACAAGAUGUGAUCUCCUGGUCUUUGCGGCUUGGGUUGCUGCAGCUGUCCAUGCCUUUCCUCUCUUUUUCAUGUCAAUCAUUUUGCCCUUCUGUGGUCCUAAUGAAAUCGAUCACUAUUUUUGUGAUGUUUUCCCUUUGUUAAAAGUUGCCUGCACUGACACCUACCUCACUGGUGUCAUCGUCAUUACCUUUUCAGGUGUUAUGUCCUUAGUUACUGUUGUUAUUUUAUUUCUUUCCUAUGGCAUUAUAUUAUACACUCUAAGAAAUCAGUCUGCUGAGGGAAGACGCAAAGCUCUCUCUACCUGUUGGUCUCAUAUCACUGUGGUCCUCUUAUACUUUGCUCCUGUGAUCUUCAUCUACCUUAGACCUCCUACUACUUACCCUGAGGACAAGAUAUUUGCUCUGUUUUACACCAUUGUUGCUCCUAUGUUCAAUCCCUUAAUCUACACCCUGAGAAAUGCAGAGAUGAAAAAUACCAUGAGGAAACUUUGGUGUCAAACAUUGAUUUCAAAAGAAAUAAACAGGUAA